UACUGGAGGAGUCAGAUCUGGUUCUCCGGACGGCGGAGUGUUGUUGGCGGAAGGGAACAGGCGACAGUAACGGAUCGGAGGAGGGACAGCGAAGGCCGAUGGAUCGGACAGCCGGAGCCAAGAGGCGAGGGCCCGGCGGCGGAGGGGGGGAAGGUCUGAGCUCCAAUUCCCGGUCCCUUUCGGCCAACAGCCUGCCGGUUGCCGGCGGGGCCUCCCCGAAACCCAGUCCCGCCAGCUCCCGGCGCAGGAGGCAGCCGCCUCGGCCCGCCGACUACAAACUGCAGGUUAUCAUCAUCGGCAGCCGGGGAGUGGGCAAGACGAGCCUGAUGGAGCGCUUCACGGAUGACACCUUCAGCGAGGCCUGCAAAUCCACUGUUGGUGUUGAUUUUAAAAUCAAAACAAUAGAACUAAGAGGGAAGAAAAUUAGAUUACAAAUCUGGGAUACUGCAGGACAGGAAAGGUUCAACAGCAUUACUUCAGCAUAUUACAGGAGUGCCAAGGGAAUUGUCUUAGUGUAUGACAUUACUAAAAAAGAAACUUUUGAAGAUGUACCAAAAUGGAUGAAAAUGAUUGACAAGUAUGCUUCAGAAGAUGCAGAGCUACUAUUAGUGGGAAAUAAGUUAGACUGUGAAGUUGAUCGAGCAAUCUCUCGUCAACAGGGAGAAAAGUUUGCCCUGCAGGUAACUGGGAUGCGGUUUUGUGAAGCCAGUGCAAAGGACAACUAUAAUGUCAAUGAGAUUUUUUUGAAGCUUGUGGAUGACAUUCUAAAUAAGUUACCUGAUAUACCCAGACGCGAAUUAUCAAACAGCAUUUUAUCACUGCAACCGGAGCCUGAAAUUCCUCCAGAACUGCCACCGCUUCGACAGAAUGUCCGCUGCUGCUGACCAGUGCUUCUCUGCUCCCACUACUCUGCCAUAUUAUGCUCGUACCCAUGUCUGUGCGUUGCUGUAAUACAAUCAGCCUCGCCAUUGUCAUCGUUGCACUUUGUAGGAAUGAUCAGACAAGAGCUCAUACUAACUUUGUCUACGUGUGAGAUUUUUAAAAUGGUAUAGGAUCAAAUGACACUGUUCAGAAUAACUGCACAUGGUUUUUUUAAAUAUCCUCUGAUUCUGGCAAAGUUGAUGUUUUCUAUUCUAGUACUGUAUUUAUUGUUGGUGUGCAGUACCAUGUGUUUCUAAUGAGUUUGAAAGGGACAAUUUCUGGUACUCUUUUUUUUCAAAAAAAAGUCCACUGAAAAUGGCUGUCUAAUCACUAGUGCAAGGUCGCCAUUGCCCACAGUACCAUAAUAUCAGCGUUCCCUUCCUUCCUAAAUAGUGCAAGAUGUGCACCUUUACAGAGGAACUAAUAAAGCAGAUUUGGAAUAUAUUUUAGGAGGAGCAAAUCCCCUAGGUACUUUUUCAUUAUUUAAAUGUUGGUGCAGAGCCUGAUUUAAAUCCUUUUUCCUCUAAGUGUUGGGAACUAAAAGGUAACACUAAAUUGUGAUUUCAGUCUUUCAGAAAACACAUGAAGGAACUGUUCCCAGUGUGCAAAGAAUCAGUGCACAGUGAGAGAAAAGGGCCAUAGAAUUUAAACCUUCAUUUACUUUGUUUCCAAGACAUAACUCUAUAUAUUGAUAAGAGCAAAAAUAAAAUCCUUCUUUAGUCAUCAAGAAGUUGACUGUUGAGAAAAGAUGCUAUUUGUGCUCACUUUGGAAGCACUUAUGCUUAAAAAAAACACUAGGGGUGGUGUGGGCUAAGAUUUUAGGUGGAUAUUUUAUAAUGUAUAUGAAAUUUCAAGUGGGCAUUUUAUAAAGUUGCCUUAUUAAGAUCAAAUGUUUAAAUUUUGGUCUGUUGAGAACUGUUUUGAUUGUGCAAAUGACUGCACCUCUCACUUGCAUCAUAACAGUAAGCAGCACUCCCUUAUAAUGUUGAAUUUUAAUUUCAGGUGCCAAGCACAUUGUAAAAUGGGUGCAUUUUUACUUAAAAGAAAACCCACUUCAGACAUGGCUCGUAAUACGAGCAGCAAAGUAGCUUCCUUACCCAGUAUUGCAGAUUAUUGUAGAAAUAUGUCAAAUAAGAGUACAGUAUUCAUUUUGUUUAUAAUAAUGGUCAAGGAAGUAAUUUUGAUAACUUAUACAUAAUGGAACCCACAAUAGGGCAGAUUCACUUUACACCUGUAGGGCUAUUGAUUCCAGAUUGUGCAUGAAGACAGUGCUUUACAUAGAGUAUGAAGUAGGUCUUCCAACCCAUUAGCGCAUGUUAUUUAAAAAGUGAAGUCUGUCUCUUUUGUUGGUGUAGCUGACUUUUUUUUGAUGGAUUACAGUGUAAGCAUGGUAUGUAAAAUUGUGACCUAUUAAAACUAUA